UCAGGUUCAGCCACCAGUGAUGUCGUUUGUACUCUUUGCCCUGCCGGGCACUUCACUGCUUCUGCCACAUCGUCUCGUACAUGCGAUCAAUGUCCGGCUGGAACAUACAACACAGCUCAAGGACAAUCACUCUGCUUUCAAUGCAGCGCUGGCUUCUAUUCCUACUCUACUGGCGCCACUCAGUGCGAUGCUUGUUUGCCAGGGAAGUACUCGGCCAAUCCUGGCGCCUCCUCUGUUGCCGCUUGCCAAGACUGUCCGGCUGGAACAUACAACACAGCUCAAGGACAAUCACUCUGCUUUCAAUGCAGCGCUGGCUUCUAUUCCUCCUCUACUGGCGUCACUCAGUGCGAUGCUUGUCCACCAGGGAAGUACUCGGCAACUGUUGGUGCCUCUUCCUCCUGCAGUCUCUGUAAGGCUGGGACCUAUUCCUCCUCGGUAGGAGCAACUUCAGCUGAUGUCUGCACGAGUUGCCCCGCCUCGACCUACUCAUCAAGUGCGGGAGCCUCGUCACCGAGCGCGUGCUUGAGUUGUCCUGCCAGCUCCUUCCAGACGAGUGCAGGAUCGUCGGUGUGCUCCCACUGCCCUCCAGGAACCAUCAGCCAAGCUUCUUCCAUGUCCACUGUUUGCGCGCAAUGCGUCGCAGGCACAUUUGCAGCGAGUGCGGGCAUUUCGUCGGAUACCACUUGCACGCAAUGUGCCGCGGGCUCGUACUCGGAACAGAACAAGGCGAGCACUUGCACUCUCUGUGUGGCAGGCAAGUACUCUCAAGCUACGGCAGCGACGUCUUCCAGCACUUGCAUCAGCUGUGCCCCUGGCACAGCCUCUCCAUCACCAGGAGGGAGCAGUCCGUCAGCAUGCGUCCCCUGUCAGCCUGGAUUCUAUGCAGCAGCGAGCUCCUCUUCCAGUUGCACCAUCUGCCCAGCAGGAUCGUACGCACAACAAACACAGUCCACCUCGUGCGCCCUGUGCCCUGCUGGGACCUUCAUAGGAACUGCUGGGGCUUCUUCAGCGUCCAUGUGCUCAAGCUGUCCUGCCGGAUCGUACACGGAAGGAGCAGGAUCAACCGCUUGCACUCUCUGCCCUGCUGGGACUUACAAUGAGAAUACUGGCGCCUCCUCUUCCUCCGCCUGCCUGCCAUGCAGAGCAGGAACGUAUGGGCAGAAUCAAGGAGCAAACAGUAUGACCAUGUGCCUGGAGUGUCCGAUCGGCGAGUACUCGAGCUCUACGGGUCAGAUCAAGUGCACAGCUUGUCCUCUGGGGACGUACAUGAAACUGCCAGGCUCUACCUCUCUCACGAAUUGUCUCUCCUGCUCUCCCGGAAGCUUCUCCGACGGUCCCUCAGCCUCCUGCUCGUGGUGC